AUCUGGCGAGAGUGAAUGUGCAUGAAGUACAUUAGACUUAAUUACAAACAAAACCAAGCAACCCCUCAGGCCCUCACCCCUCCUAUAUAAAUGAGCCUCUACCAUCUUCUUCCAGCCAUGACUUGUAAACAAAACACUCUGCAUUCUACCGCAAGAACUUAAACAAGUCAUCAACUGAGAAAAAUGGAAAAUGGUGCAAUUCUUUUAUAUUUAAGUUUUAGCUUUCUUCUUGCAUUGCUCUCUUAUAUAUUACUUAAAAGAAACAAGAGAGAUGGGCAGCAAAGAAAAGAGCUCCCUCCUGGUUCAAUGGGGUGGCCAUAUAUUGGACAAACUCUUCAGCUCUACUCUCAAGAUCCAAGUGUGUUCUUUGCUAACAAACAGAAAAGGUAUGGUGAAAUUUUCAAGACUCAUUUACUUGGUUGUCCCUGUAUCAUGCUGGCUAGCCCGGAGGCGUCGCGGAUGGUUCUGACCACUCAGGCUCAUUUGUUCAAGCCAACUUACCCCAAGAGCAAGGAAAGCUUGAUUGGACCAUCUGCACUGUUUUUCCACCAAGGAGACUAUCAUGCUCGUCUCCGAAAACUGGUUCAGAGCUCUCUAUCCCCUGAAGCAAUUCGGAACUUGGUACCCGGUAUAGGAGCUGUUGCAAGCUCUGCCCUUGAUUCUUGGGCCAGCACUCAUGUCAUUAGUACCUUCACUGAAAUGAAAAAGGCUUCUUUUGAAGUGGGGAUACUGGCUAUUUUUGGCCACUUGGAGACUCAUUACAAGCAUGAGCUGAAGAAGAACUAUAGCAUAGUGGAUGGAGGAUACAACUCUUUUCCUUCCAGAUUACCAGGAACUCCGUACAAAAAGGCCCUACUGGCCAGGAAGAGGUUAAGUGAGAUUCUUAGUGAGAUUAUUCAUGAAAGAAAAGAGAAGAGGUCAGAUGAGAAGGACCUUCUGGGCUGUCUUUUAAACUUCAAAGAUGAGCAUGGUGAAAUCCUAAAUGAAGAUCAAAUUGCUGAUAACAUUAUAGGAGUUCUUUUCGCGGCUCAGGACACCACAGCCAGUGUCAUGACAUGGAUCCUCAAGUACCUCUAUGAUAAUCCAAAGCUUCUGGAGACGGUAACGGCUGAGCAGAUGGCAAUUCACAUGUCAAAUAAUGAAAAUGAUUCUCAUUUGACAUGGGUUCAGACAAGAAACAUGCCUGUUACUCAAAAGGUGAUUUCAGAGACCUUGAGAAUGGCAAGCAUUAUAUCUUUUACAUUUAGAGAAGCUGUGGCUGAUGUGGAAUACAAAGGGUACCUAAUUCCAAAAGGGUGGAAGGUUCUGCCUUUGUUCAGAAACAUUCAUCACAGUGCAGAAUUUUUCACCAGCCCUCAGGAGUUUAAUCCUUCAAGAUUUGAGAAUCCACCUAAACCUAAUACAUUCAUGCCAUUCGGCAGUGGCGUCCAUGCCUGUCCAGGAAAUGAGCUAGCCAAGUUGGAGAUGCUCGUUAUGAUUCACCACCUCGUCACUAAAUUCAGGUGGGAAGUCGUGGGAUCUGCAGCAGGGAUCCAGUAUGGACCAUUUCCAGUUCCCAUGCAUGGCCUUCCUGCAAGAUUUUGGAGAAAAUCUACCAUCUGAAGGCACUAGGCAGGAAGCAUGGGUGCUUACGACAAAAAGUCAGAGGCGCUCUACAAGCUUAGUUUACCCCCUAUCUUCUUAAUGAAUCUUCUAGUUAGUACUUUAACUCAUCCCCAACCAAGUCCUCUGGGGAUAAUAACUCCAUUUUCCAUGUCAUUUAUAUUCUUAAUAUGAAUCAAAGAUACGAUUUUCACUCUA